GGUUUUUAUUGCAACAAUCACCACCUGAGGCAUAUAUAUAUUGUUAUGAACAGUUAUCUAACCACUUCAGACUCAACAGCCUUGAUUAAAACACACCAGCAAAGGGAAAACUGAAAACCAUGAAGGUUUUUCUGAUCCUUGCAUUGGUUGUAUUCACAGGCUGCCAAGCAAGCCUGUACAAUGCCGAUGAGCCCAAGCCACAACUGGAGAGGCUGACUGAUCGUAUAAAGGAGGAACUGAAUAAUGUGAAGUGUGCCCUAAAGCCCUACUUUGAAUAUGUUAUUACCGAUCCAAUUAAGAAGGGAGUAGACUACAUAAGAUCGUCUGUGGCUCCGCAUGCAGAGAGUCUGGAUACUGAGACACUGAAGGACGCUCUGCUCGAGAAAAGUGGGGAGCUGAGAGAAGCCAUGGAGCAGCGCUUAAAGGAGAUUCAAGCUCAGCUGGAGCCUUUAACCGAAGAGUUUAAGGAAAAAAUGAAUCUCUACACCCGAGAGCUGAAGGCACAGCUAACCUCAUUUUAUGAUUUCUAUAUUAAGAGCAGCUAAAUAUGUGCUCCUGUCUUGUCUCCUAAUCUGAAAUCCAGACUAAAGUCUCAAUUGAUUUAUGAGCAUCAAAGUGUGAUUUCACUCACUGAUUUUUAAUUUAAUUUUAAAAAUGCAAUGUGUAAUUUUUAGAAGGAUCUUUUGACAGAAAUGCAAAAUAUUAUAUAAAACUAUAUUAUCAGGGGUGUAUUAAGACCUUUUUAAAAUUAACCGUUAUGUUUUUAUUAUCUUAGAAUGAGACGUUUUUAUCUACAUACACAGAGGGUCCCCUUACGUGGAAGUCGCCAUUUUGUGCCGCCAUGUUUCUACAGAAGCCCUUAACGGACAAACUUUUUUUACAAAGUUGUCUCCGACAAUUACAUGUUUUUCCGGUGGUGGUUACCGUAGCUUCUCAAUGCUUUUCAAAAGUGAGGGGUGUGCAGUGGACUGAGCUGUUGGUUGUAAUUCACAACCUCACCACUAGAUGCCGCUAAAAUUUACACACUGCACCUUUAAUCUUUCUCAGUCAAUAUUAAAUGAAGAAUAUAUUUUCACAGAAUGUUACAUUAUGCAGAAUUAUUUUAUAUUUUGUAUAUCAUGAUUUUAUAUAGAAUGUAUUAAUAUUUUGAUUUUGAAAUCUGAGAUGUACUGAAUGCUGUUGUUAACACCAUGUGAGCAUACUGGCCUAAAUUUUGAGUUUUCUUCGAAUGACUUGUAUUGAUAGCCUAUCAUAGAAAUCUUUAAAAGGCAUAUCUAAUUUUUUUAAUAUACUGCGCAAUUUUUAAUGAUCUAUUUAUAAAGUUCUCCUUAGCCAUAAAACUGUUUUAGUUAAAUAUUUAUAAACACUGUAAAGGCAGUGUCCUUAGAGUUUUAUGGAUACAUUAUACAUGUUUAAUCAAAGUAAUACAAGCUUACAUGCUUCCCUCGUUCAUAAGUAUUUUUUCUGGGAUUACAUAUAAACACUGUCAAAAGAAAAGUUACAAAACUGUACCUUUUCUGUAACUGGGGUGGUACCCUCAAAUGUUAUUUUUUGUACCUUUAUGGGUAAACAACACAUUGAAAUGUUGUACCUUUUGGGGUACAAUAUUAUACCCAAUGAAAUGCUGUACUGUACCUUUUGGGGUACAAUAUUAUACCCAAGGACCUAUUGUGUUCCAUCAAUUUUAUAUUAGUUAAAUACAAAACAAGUGUACCUUUAAAGGUAAUAUGUAACCCAAAAAGCACAAUAUUGUUGAAAGUUUUGUAUACAUUUAAAGAACAGAACCUCCCCAGCGACAGAAAAGAUUAAGUUUCAAACUUUUAAUUCGACCUUAAUGACAUUAGACCUGUAAUGACAAUGUUAAAACCCACGCACAUUUGCUGAAAUAAGCUCAUUGUUUUAACCCCCCGUGUGACCUGUUUUCCCUUUAAAGAAUACACAUUUUUUUAAUUAAAAACUAUAAUUUUAGCCAGUUCAAAA